UCUGGAACAAAAGCUCCCUUGCCGUAUCACAGCACGGCCUUUGCUCAGGGCGGGAGGAGAGGAGGCAGGGACGCUGCUUGAGAGCUGCAGCCACGCUUGCUGUGAAACCCUUCCAACCGAGUUGGAAGUCGCGGUGACUGGUUGGUCUGCCAAGGCCAUAACUCGAGCGAACAAAAUGUGUUCCUUUUCACUGGAACGUUCCCCUCUCGGUGUGGGCAGAUGGAGACCGAGUUCCAGGGUGUGCUCGUGGCAGCGGCAUGCUGAAGUGAAGCACUGACCUGUCCUGCCGCCUGUUGGCCAAGUGCUGAGACCCCAGCCCUGUUGGGACACCAGUUUCAGCAAAACAGGCUAAGGUCACCUUGGCGCAUCUCUCUUCUGCAGGGCAGAGCUGAGACUCCAAGGCCGUGUUCGCAAUUCUCUCUCCUAGCCCAGAUGAGCUGGCUGUGGCUUGGUUUGAGUCAGCUCAGGUUAGUUUAUGUUGUGGCUGCCCGCCCUGCGGGAAACCAACCCAGAGGCUGCAGGUUGUUAGUUUGAGCUCCCUUUCCUUGCAUCACUUCCUGAGCACAGAGGACUUUGGAACAACUAACUCCUUGCGGUAAAAUGUUAACCAGGGUCAGAAAGUCCGAGGGCUGUUGCCAAAGAGGGCGUGUGGGCUGUGCUUGCAGCAAGAUUUCAGGCACCAAAGGCAAAUAGCAAGACACACCAGGGUUCCUGUUUUCACUCGUACCAGGUAAGCCAGACUCUGCAGCGGGCGAACGCGUGGGGAUCUCGGCGUCUCCUUCUCAGCGUUCGCAACGGCCGUGUCCAGGACGGCCUGUGCCACGCGUAGCUUCUCUGGCUCUCGGACCGAAGCCGCCCGGGUCAUUUGCUUUUCUGCAGCCUGGGUAAAAUGGCUUCCUUCUGGCUCUUCUUGUCCGUGGUUCUCUCAGGCCUUCUCAUGACUGGUGGUUUCCAAACUGGCACCAACACAAAGAACGUGGAGUCAAAUACUUCCCCUGCCAACACAAAGGAUCGGGAGUGGAAAGCGGCAGGCGAUGGAGGGAAUGGAUCCUCUCAGUUGCUCCAUCAAGGAAAACAGGGUACAGUGGAAGAACAUGCUACAAAGUCAGCUUCACACCCCUCUGGGGUGAGCCUCCAAGAAGACCUCACCUCCUCUCCUGUGAAGAUUAUGACCAAGGUUGUAUCCAAACGUUCUCCAGAAAACGUGCUGCCUGAAUUAAAAAAUGAGACUGGGUCAAAACAGCUACCCCCGGGCAUGAGUGUAACGUGGCCGUGGCUGAUUGAUGCAGCCUCCACAUCCCCUCAGGUGCCUGUUUCCACAGUGACUUUGAAGCAAGAGUUUGACACUACUAGACCUGUCUCCAGAGCAAAAGAAAGCCUCCUCAAAACAGUCACACCUAGUUGGGCGUUGUUGGAUCAUAUAUCUACGACAUCCUCUCAACUUUUGGUUGAUGAUUCAGAUUUUUCUACAGCCUCUCAGAAACACAUCUCAGACUCACCGAAGCCAGGCUUAAAUUCAAAAAUAAAACUCCUUCUCAUAACAGCUACAUCUGGUUCCACCAAAACACCACAACAUCUGGAGGAAAUAUUGACUACAUCUUCUGAGACUUUGAUGGAUGAUGUGGAGUUUUCCACGGCCACCCAGAAGCACAGCUUGGACUCAGCUAGGCCAGGCCUAAAUCCAAAGGUAAACCUUGCAACUGCUACCUCUGUUCCCACCAAAAUACAGAAAAUACAGAAAUGGCUGGACGCAACUGCGUAUACAUCCUUUCAGACUUUGCAGGAUGACUUGGAUUUUUCUACAGAGUCCUCAAGGCAAAGCUUGGGCGUUACCACAUCAGGUUCCUCAGCCAUCACCCAAGGGAAGUCUCCCCUUGCCAAUGACACCAACCCUUUGAUUGGAAAGUGUUUGCUGGCCAUCCUUCUCCUGGCCCUGGUGGCCGCCAUCUUCAUUGUGUCCUCUGGUGUCUUGGCCACCAUGCUGUGGCGUCAGAAGAAAGCUUAUAGACUGGGCCAGGCCAACCACACAGAGAUGGUGUGCAUCUCGUCCUUGCUGUCUGCCGAAAAAGAGGAGGAGGAGGAGGAGAGCAGGAGGCAGCCCAAAGUGAAGCGGGUAAAACUUCUUGGGGAGACGGGGUCAGAGGCAGAGGUGGACAACUUAACUCUGAACAGCUUCCUACCAGAGCAUUAAUAGUGUGCUUUCUUGGUGCUUCAGACAUCUCUGGCUCACUUUCUAGAGCCUCCUGAUCUUCUCCAGGACCACAAUUAUCAUUAGGACCUUCUAUAUCCAGGACUAUAUUUGCAGUACAUCCAUGUCUUCCCAUCUGGGGUUGACAUAUUGCUCUGACCCCUAAAGUAAUGUGUUUGGCUUUGGCUUUGCCUGCUAUAAGAACCCAACGUUUAAUUUUGGAAACUGUAGUUUCUUUGUGAAAUGGACCAUUGUGGCUUGUUAAAAACAAAACUUAGCACAAUGUUUUUCUGAAGCUCUGCAGAUCAAAUUAUGUAUCCAGGAAGGGGACAUUCAGAAAGGUGUAAAUGAUUUGUUGGUUAGAUUUUACUCUGUUUCCUCUCAGAAGCUUAAGGCUCUCUGCUUAUGUGAACCAAUGAAAACCUACCUCUUGGGCCAGGAACACGUUUCCUCCUGUUUGCAGUCUUGGGUCCCAUCUGUCCCUUUGGAGAACAGCCGCAAAAGACCCCCAGGUCCUCUCUGUUCCCCAGGCCCUGAAAAUCUUACUCAGCUACUCCUCUGCCACGGGAAGAUCUCAGCAAGCCUCUCAUGUGUCGUUUCACUUCCUUUUUUGAAACCAUCAUGCCUAGAAACACUUUUAAAGUAAUAACAGAAGUGUCAAAUCUCAAUAUUAGAAGAGACCUAAACAUUUCCUUUUUUUGUAUUUCACGAGAAGUAAGAUUUCCAGGAUGUUUUUUUUUUUUUUGAGACGGGAUUAUGUUUGAUGUUGACUUGACUGGGGGGAAGUUUUGAGUAAUGCACAUUUAAGAUAAUUAAACAUUU